UGGAACGACAUCAGAAUUGCAUCUUUCCACCAGCAUCUUUCACCAUGGAGGCGACACCUGUGGAAGCGAAACCAACCCCGUUUUCGCCGACGGCAAAGCUACGGAAGCUGUUGUCACCAUCGUCGGCUAGACAUCUGCGCAGUCCUAGCAGUCCAAGCAUGGAACGAGUUAGCGGCGCUUCGUCCCGUCCCUGUAGCCCAGGCGGCUUGGAGAGAACAAGCAGCAUUCCACGCCUCAAUUCGUCGUCGAAAGUGCACACGCUUGCGCGGAAAUUCGAGCUCAAAAUCGAAACCAACGCGGCCGCAGCAGCUGCUUCGUCGUCGACUACGUCGGCCGGUAUUGUCCACAACAACCAGACAACCCACAAGGACAUUGUCACCAGUCCUGUACCAGCGACGGACGAGCCCCAAACAGUAUCAUAUCCCGUGAACCCCAACGAAGAAAGCAUUCGCGCGCUCGUUCGCAUUCGACCGUCGGCGCCACUCCGCGAUGAAAUCGACCCGUCCGUCGUCAUCAUUCCUGACAAGAGCGUCCGCCGAUGCCUCGAGCCCGACGCCACCUCCAUCAACAUCGUCAAUUUCAAGCAAGGGGCGGACAAGCGCCAGUUUUCCGUCGACGGUCUACUACUGGACACUGCGACACAGGACGAUGUGUUUAAGGCGGUGGGCAUGCGAGUGGUGGACAAUGCCGUCGACGGAUACAACGGCAGCAUCUUUGCCUAUGGUCAGACUGGGUCUGGCAAGACCCACACGAUGCAGGGCGACAUGACUGAAGGCAGCGCGGAACGAGGGGUAAUUCCCCGCAUCCUGUACUACAUGUUUGAACGAUUGACUGCGUCGCAGACGUCGUUUGACAUGACGUGCUCGUACUUGGAGAUUUACAACGAAAAGAUCUACGAUUUGCUGGAUGUGAUCUCGGACGAACCCAAGUACAUCCGGGAAGACGCAACCUUGGGGCUGUUUGUGCAGGAUCUGGUCGAGAUGCCCGUGGCGAGUCCCCGCGCGGCACUUCAGGUGCUCGACGACGGCGGACAGCACCGAACAGUGGGCUGCACGGCCAUGAACCGCGAGAGUUCGCGGUCGCAUUCCGUGUUUACGAUUAAGUUGACCCAGCGACUCGACGAAGCGGGCAUGGAAAUCACUCGGCGCUCGACUUUGCAUUUGGUCGACUUGGCCGGGUCAGAGAAGCAAAGCCACACGGCAGCCGUGGGCACCCGCUUCAAAGAAGCGACCCAGAUCAACAAGUCGCUGUCUGUACUGGGUAAUGUCAUGACGGCGCUGGUGGACGUGUCCAACGGCAUCAAGCGCCACGUGCCGUAUCGGGACUCAAAGCUGACGUUCCUUCUGCGCGACGCCCUGGGGGGCAACUCCAAGACGACACUGAUCGCCACCGUGUCGAGCGAGGACAAGUUUAGCAACGAAACGCUGUCGACCCUGCAGUUCAUGCAACGUGCCAAGCACAUCAAGACGAUAGUCAACAAGAACGAAGACACGCGAACAGUGAUCAAGCAGCUCCAAGGCGAGUUGGCGGGGCUGCGCGGUCAGCUCGACGCGGCCACCGCCACCAUCGACGCCGACAAGUGCAAGCGGGCGGCGCUACAUCAACUCGUGGAGCGUCUGCAAUUGCAAACGCAAGACAAGGCGUAUGUAGGUAGGCUCGAGACAAAAGUGGAGGCGCUGGAAGGACAGUUGACUGUGCAAACCGCAGUGAGCGAAGCGCUGCGCGAUGCAAUCAAAACCCACGCACAAGAUGCAGCCCACGCCCACGACGAAGUGGACGAGUGCCAGCGCAUGCUCAAGCAGAUCCGACUCGAGUUUGAGCGCGCCAGACAGACACACACGUCGGACGCGUGUCUGGUCGCGACGCUGCGGGAGGAGCUGGUGAAGCGCGACAACGACCACGCGACUCAAUCCGACGCGUGGAGCCAAAAGCUGGCGGCGCUGCAGGCGGACGUGUCCUCCGCCGCCACCCACCUCGCCGCCAAGUGCCUCGAGGCGGACGGGUUGAAACAACUCGUGUCGGAAUUGAAGCUUCAAUUGGACGAUUAUCGUCGUGUGUCGAUGGAGGUGGCGACUGCGACUACAGUGGACGUCACUCCGUCGCAUGUUACUCCGUGUAUGUCCAUGGCAAGUUCACUUAAUGCGAUGUCGUCGACCCCGCCCAUUUCCGAAGACGGGCAGGUCCUGCUGUCGCCACGGAUGAUGUCGACGACGCGGCGGUCCGGCCAUCGCCGCAGCGAAAGCGACUUGUCGGACGAAUUCAGACAAGCGAUCGGAUCGUUUUCGAUCCCGGCGUCGAUGGACGAAGCGCACCGCGACCUGCAGCUCCAGCACGACCAGCUGCUGCACGUCAUGCAAAAGCUGGACGGACUCCGAAACUCGAAAAAGUUUCUGCAGCACGCGCUCCAAACCACGCUCACGGACAACGCCGAGAUGGUACAAAGCCUGAAAAAGCUGCAGGUGGAGCGCAACACGGCGCUGGACGCGCUACAGCAGACGCUGGCGGGCGAAAAGAAGGCCAGAAAACAGCAGCAGCAGUCGUUCAAGCUUCAUAGUUUGGAAGGAGACGACGAGUCUGACGUGGCAACCUUGCCGACGAUGCUGAAACGGGCCAACACGACCUUUCACGGAUUUUCAACUAUUCCAAAAGAGGACGAACUCAAGCAGCUGGCAGCAGACAAAGUCGCGCUCACGUCACGACUCAAGGCGACGCAGGCGAAAGUGGGGGCCCUGGAAGACCAGGUCAAGAAAUUGAGAGGCAACCUCCCAGCAACCGACAACACGAGCGCGUGGGCUAUUGAGUAUGGUCGGGUGACCCAGGCGCUGUUGGCGGCAGUGAUAACACUGCACGAGGACGUCGAAGGCAGGCACAAGACGUGGCGGGCGCUGCAGCAAGAGCCUGUGGAGCUGUCGCACACGCCUUUCUACGAAGGAUUGGUUGAGAACAUGGUGGACAAAGUCAAGCAGCUGACGUCGACCGUGGACAACCAAAAACUUGCGAUCCAAAUCCUUGAAAAGGAACUGCAUUGGCACAAACUGACCAAAGACAUCCAAACAAAGUAGCACUUAUAGGGGGUUGAAAAUGGACUGUGAACACGC